AUGAAUCCUAGCGCUGUGUUCAAAAUCGUUCUGGCUCUGGUCACGCUUGUGGCCUGUACUAAAGUCUCAGCCGACCGAGAUGACUUUGAGUUUGUCCUAGAUUUUACGAAGAUGUCGGGCACUAUCGAGCUAUUCCUAGGUAGCGUGACUGAGAGCCACGCUCCAGAUCAUCUUCAUGAGUCAAACUGGACUUCGGAUUCAAGCACAAUCAUCAGUACCUCAUUCAGCGGAUCUCUUGACUAUGGAACCAUUGCUAGCCAGGAGACACACAGCAGAAUAAUGCUGAGACGGCACAUCGGAAUUCUCUUCGAGUUGGUAUGGGUUGGCAUGGUAUUAAAUGAUAUGGAGUUGGCACUAUUGGUAUUGUGGACGCAAUACAUCCAUCACCAGACAGUACAAGAAAGGGCGCCACAAGAGCAGCGAGUCUAG